GCAAUCUUUCUCCCUGCUUUUUCUUGCCAGGAGAGCAGCGACCGUAUGUAUGGGAGCGCACUGGAGUAGGGAGACGGCUUGGAGCCCAUCGAGACCCGGUGAUAGUCGGCAUGAAGCAAGUGUAGCAUCCUCGCUUGAAUCGAGGCUUCCCUUAUAUUUUUUUAGAGAUUAGCGGUUAAAUUCUGCUGACCACAUUUUAGUGGUUUACACUGGAGAUGAAAAUGGAGGUGUCCACAAGACAAUUUUAUGUUCUGAUUGCACAUCUUUGGAUCGUCUGUCAAAUAGAUGUGGUGAACUCGUUCUUCAGAGGCCAGCGCAAGUUCUCCGACGACGUGGACUGGUCUUACACAGGCACUCUAAACCAACAGAACUGGCCCAAGAAAUACCCCUCCUGCAACACGGCGAGGCAGUCGCCCAUUGACAUCGAUGAGGACUUUGCCCAGGUCAAGCUGGAGUUCCAGAACUUGCAGCUGGAGGGAUGGGAGCUCAAGACGCCAACCUCGACGACCAUCAAGAACGAUGGAAAAACAGUGGCCGUGAACCUGAGUGGCGAGUACUAUGUCAGUGGAGGAGGGCUGCGGUCCAGGUUUCGGGUGGGCCGAAUCACAUUCCACUGGGGCCGCUGCAACGCCACCUCAGACGGUUCUGAGCACAGUCUCAACGGUGUUAAGUUCCCCCUGGAGAUGCAGAUCUACUGCCAUGAGGCAGACAAGUACCAGUCCAUCGACGAGGCACUGAAAGAGGGGGGAAGGAUAACAGCACUCGCUGUCCUCUUUGAGGUCAGCCAGAGAGACAACGAAAACUACGCCAACCUCAUCGAUGGAGUCAACGCCGUCAGCCGCUUCGGUAAGAGCGGCCCCGUGGAGCCCUUCUCCAUGCUGGGCCUGCUGCCCAACUCCACGGAGAAGUACUACAUCUACAAUGGCUCCCUGACAACGCCGCCCUGCUCCGAGCCCGUGGAGUGGCUUGUUUUCAAAAACACCGUCUCGCUCUCCGAGAGCCAGCUGGAGGUGUUCUGCGAGGUGAUGACCAUGCAGCAGGCCGGCUACGUGAUGCUGAUGGACUACCAGCAGAACAACUUCCGCCAUCAGCAGGAGCAGUUCAUGGGCCAGGUGUUCUCCUCCUACACCGGCACAGAGGAGCUCCUGGAUCCCAUUUGCAGUUCGGAGGCUGAGAAUGUGCAGGCGGAGCCGCAGAACUACACCAGCAUCAUGGUGACGUGGGAGAGACCCCGCGCCGUCUACGACACCACCAUCGAGCGCUACUCCGUCACCUACCAGAGGCUACAGGGCAAGGACCCGCCCAAGCGGGAAUACCUGACUGACGGAGAUCAGGAUGUGGGAGCACUCAUCUACAACUUGAUGUCCAACAGCAGUUAUGUGGUGCAAGUGAUAGCGCUAUGCAACAACGGCCUGAAGGGUCGAAUGAGUGACCAGCUGAUUGUGGACAUGCCACUGGAGGACCUGGGGAUUGACUCUGAUUCGUCAGACUCAGAAGAUUAUUUUGAGGUGACUCCAUACACCAGCAGAAGACAGCCAGAUCUGGAGAGCCCUCCGGACCGGACCCUUACGAGCGACUCCUCCUCCUCCAAAAGCUCCAUCUGGGUCACCAUGGCGACGGACCAGCCCGGUUUCCUCUUCCCCGGAGUCCGGUCCACAGCCAUGCCCGUGCGGCGACGCAUCACCGAGGAGUCCUCGUUGUCGUGGACACCCAGCCAGGACAAGGCGGGAACCUACACCCGCAAGCCAAUCACCAAGCUGCUCACGCCGGAGGGCGUCAAGCCGCCUGACAACGUACUGGUCACUGACAUCUACUACGAGGACUUCAUCAACGGCUCCCUGUACGAGACGACCACCUCGGUAGACACGCCGCUACCCGACGACGAGAUUAUCGGCGUGGUCACGCUGCCCCGUGAGCGAGUGCAUGUCUCACAGAAGGACAAUGAAGUGAGGAUGCCCGACGACCAGUAUUUCCCGGGCACCGCCACCAACCCCCUGCCAGAGACACCACCCCUGGUCAUCAGCACCACCCAGCAGCCUGAGGUGGUCAGCACCACGACCACCACCACCAUAGUGCCAGCCUCCACCACCACCACCACCACCACCACCACCACCACUGCAGGGACGCCCACCACCAAAGCCUUACUCUACACCACCCAGCCAAUGUUCAAUGCUACUGCGAGCACAGCGCAAGGGGACACGUCCUCCCCACCCCUCUCUUCCAUCCUUACUGAUGAAGGCCCCAGCACCCUGCUUACUCAGGGGGAGGGUAGUGGUUCGGGGCCAGCCAUCUUUCUGGAGGAGCUAGAGCGGGAGUGGGAGAGGGAGAACCCCUCGGCGGUCGAAAUCGAAACGCGCACGCGCUUCAGUACCGGGAGGCCGGUACUGGUCGAUAAUGAGACGGAGCUCGUGUCCAAGUUCUAUUUGGAGAGCGAGAGGGUCCGUGGUGCGGAGGAGAUGAAACCGACGCGAGCGGAGUCCACUGUUCCCGAGGCGCCCGCCCUCGAGGGGAAGGAGGAGGAGGAGGAGAGCGGCUCUGGACAGAGCUUGCUGAUGGAGGUCUUUCCCAACGCUAAGAUAUCUGUAGAGAUCACUUUGACCAAAAUCUCGAGUAUGGAGCCUUUGGAUGGUCCCCACACAGAGGCUAGUAACAGCAGCCCGGAGUCGCGGGUGGGCAUGGUGGGGGGCGUGGAGCGGGAGAAGCGCACAGUGGUGCCCCUGGCGGUCGUGUCCACUCUCACCAUCCUCUGCCUACUGGUGCUGGUGGGCAUCCUCAUCUACUGGAGUGGUAGAGUGUGUUUUUACAGGAAGUGUUUCCAGACGGCUCACUUCUACGUGGAGGAUAACGCCUCUCCCCGAGUCAUUUCAGCUCCGUCUACACCACUGCUCUUACCCACAGCCACAGAGGAGAAUGAAGCUCUCCCUGUGAAGGACUUUGUGAGGCACGUGGCUGAGCUUCACGCCACACAUACAUUCUCGAAAGAGUUUGAGAUCUUGAAAGAGUCUUACGAGGAGAUUCAGUCGUGCACGGUGGACAUGGGAAUUAGCACUGACAGCUCAAACCACCCAGAAAACAAGAGCAAGAACAGAUACAUCAACAUCCUGGCCUAUGAUCACAGCCGGGUGAAGCUGGCACCCAAUCUGGACAAAGAAGGAGAGUGUGGAGACUACAUCAAUGCAAACUAUGUUGAUGGCUUCAAUCAGCCCAAAGCCUUUAUAGCCGCCCAGGGCCCGAUGAAGGCCAGUCUGGAGGACUUCUGGAGGAUGAUGUGGGAGCAGAAUGUGGGGGUGAUCGUCAUGAUCACCAACCUGGUGGAGAAGGGACGGAGGAAGUGUGACCAGUACUGGCCAAUGGACAACCAGGAGGAAUAUGGAUGCUUCUUGGUCACUCUGAAAAGCACCAAAACCCUGGCCUACUACACACAAAGAACAUUCACCUUGCGGAACAUCAGUAUCAAAAGGGGGUCCCAGAAGGGCCGCAGUCAGGAGCGGACGGUCGUCCAGUACCACUACACCCAGUGGCCCGACAUGGGGGUCCCUGAGUACACCCUGCCUGUCUUGUCCUUCGUCCAGAAGUCCUCCCAGGCCAGGACUGCUGACAUGGGCCCCGUGGUGGUCCACUGCAGUGCUGGCGUGGGUAGAACAGGGACCUACAUCGUGCUGGACAGCAUGCUUCGGCAGAUCAAAGAGAAGGGCACCGUGGACAUCAUGGGCUUCCUGAAACACAUCCGCACACAGAGGAACUACCUGGUGCAGACUGAGGAGCAGUAUGUGUUCAUCCAUGAUGCCCUGGUGGAGGCCAUCCUGAGCAGGGAGACUGAGGUCUCCUCCAGCCGCAUCCAUGCCUACGUCUCCGACCUGCUGACGCCCGGCCCCUCGGGCAAGACCCGGCUAGAGAAGCAGUUCAAGCUGGUGAGCCAGACCAAUGUGAAGCAGUGUGAUUACACAUCUGCACUUAAAGAAGGCAGCGUGGAGAAGAACAGGACCUCCUCUCUCAUGCCAGUGGAGAGGUCCAGAGUGUGCCUGUCCACUACACCAGGAGAGUGCUCAGACUACAUCAAUGCCUCUUAUGUCAUGGGUUACCAUCAGAGCUGUGAAUUCAUCAUUACCCAGAAUCCUCUCCCCAGCACAAUCAAGGACUUCUGGAGGAUGAUCUGGGACCACAACUCCCAGAUCAUUGUCUCCCUCCCAGAUGUCCACGGCCAGACUGAGGAAGGUGAAUGUGUGUACUGGCCCAUUAAAGACCAGCCAAUCAACUGUGAGACAUUUACUGUCACCUUCACUGGGGAGGACAAUGUGUGUUUGCCCAAUGAGGAGCUGCUAGUCAUCCAUGAUUUCCUAUUGGAGGCUACCCAGGAUGACUAUGUGUUGGAGGUGCGGCAGUACCGGGCUCCCCGCUGGCCAAACCCGGACAGCCCCAUCAGCAACACCUUUGAGCUCAUCACCAUCGUCCGAGAGGACACACGCCACCGCGAGGGAACCAUCGUCGUUCACGAUCGGUAUGGGGGUUCCACUGCUGGACUGUUCUGUGCCGUGACCACACUGGCAGACCAGCUGGAGGGGGACAACUGCGUGGAUGUGUACCAAACCGCCCGGAUGACCAACCUUAUGAGGCCUGGAGUCUUCACUGACAUGGACCAGUAUCAGUUCCUCUACAAAUCGAUCCUGAGCCUGGUGAGCACCAAAGAGGACGAGAAGACCUUGCGCUCCUCCGAAAACAACGGCACCAUCCCCACAGGCUCAGCCAACGCCACGGAGAGUCUGGAGUCCCUCAUGUAACCAUGACGACAGCCCCUUGAACGAAGAAUUCUAUGUGUUAUUGUACAAAAACAAGUGUGCUGUGUAGUGGAAGAAUGUUGUCUGCCUUGCCGUGGAAAAAAAAAGAAAAUAGAAAAAAAUACGCUCUCUGUAAGUCUUUGGUGCUGGAUACUCUGUGGUCUUGUCAUUUGUGCCUUUUUUUCAUUUCUUGCUGUAUGUCAAAAUACUUUGAAACAAUUGCAUUGUUGUAACUAAUGCCAAAUGUUGUAUUGUUGGACUGUUGUCUGGAUGAUUUGCUGAGGUCAUUGGUACAAUUUAAUUUAACCACUUCUAAAAUGUCAUUCGUGGGUAAUCUGUUUUAAAAGAGGGAGAGAUGGUCUAUUUUUUAUAGAUGCUCUGGUUUUGAGGUCAAAAAUUGAUAAUGUAAAUAAAGAUGUCAGAUGCUAUUGUAUGGGGUGGGAGACAAAAAAAAACAAAUAAUAUUCUAACUUGUAAAUAGUUAUCACUUCAACAGACCAAAACUAUUUAUACGACUAGAUUUUGUAUUUUACUACUGACUGUUUUGUAGCUUAACGGUCAUACCUGUCUUUUGAUAAAUUUAGUUGAAAUCUUGGA